AUGGCUAUCAAUAAUAUCGAUAUUGCUCUGACUGGCACGGGCCUUGGUCUCGUAGGAUUGGCCACUGCUCAUGCUUUAGUCGCAGCCAUCAACCAACUGCGGAAGCGCACUCCCAAGGAUAACUUUUAUGAAGACGUCGAUGGGAAAAGUACGCCAGAGAGCAUUGCUGCCUUCUCGAACCGGCUACCCAAACUCUUUAUUCUCGCCUUUUCUGUUACCGGCUUUGGAACAUCAACCGCCAUAUCAGUGCUAUCAUUUCUUUAUGCCCCUUUUGGAGAAUUGUUUAUUAGAAACUGGCUUAUCGCAGCCGCGUGGGCUCUAAUUGUUCUGCAUGCCAUCUCAUUAAGUGCCCACCACUCACCUGUAAAGGUCCACGACCUUGGACUCUGGCUCUUGGCCUCUUCAAUUGUUGUUGCGGCUAUUACUGUACCCCAGUUAAGCAGGGAAGCCCAACAUGCUUCGCACGAGACCCCCGCUACUCUUGCACUUCGUUCUGUGAAUGUCGGCGCUGCCCUCUUUCUCGGCCUCUUCAGCGUAUUACUUCCACGCCGACCUGACGUUUUUGUUGAAGAUCGCAAGGUCGAUGGCCAGUGGACUGUAUCUGCCUUCAACCGCUACACUUGGUCCUGGAUCAGCCCUCUCAUCAAGUUUGCUGUUCAAAAGAAAGAUCUCGACGUAACUGAUGUUCCUUAUCCGGACAGGACUCUGCGAGCUGAAGGUCUGAAAGAAGACUGGUUUGCAACUAAACCUGGGGUUAGCCUUGUACGCUCGGUAUUUUGGGCCUACAAAGGCCCAUUUGUGUUCCAGUUCUCUCUCACCACCUUUCGAAAUGUCUUGGCUCUUCUGCCUUUCUGGGCUAUGUUACGAGUCAUCAAUAUUCUUGAACAGCGUGAUGUGGGACUGGCCGGGUCAUCAAAUCUAGAGCUUUGGGUUUUAAUAUUUGCCAUGGCUGGUUUGAACCUUCUGGAUGCUUGGGUUGAGGGAUGGGUUUUCUGGUACUCGUUCUCAUGCAUCGCUCUCCCUAUUCGGUCUCAGCUUUCAACGCUUAUCUUUGAGAAAUCUCUUCGACGCAAGAAUGUCAAAUCUGCAGAAAAGUCAAAAGAGGCAGACGAGUCGCAAGAGACGCCUGACAAGAAAAAGGAAGAUGAAUCUGACGAUGGUUCGAGCGUGCUCAAAUCUCAACAAGCCAUCGUUAACCUCGUCGGCGUUGAUGCUUUACGAAUCUCCAACUUCACAGGAUUUCAAUGCCUGAUUUUCAACAGCAUCUUCAAGUUGUUCUUCUUUUCGUUCUUCUUGGUUCGACUCAUCGGCUGGAUUCCCUUCAUCGCUGGUUUCACGGCCUGGGGUCUUACCCUUCCUGCCAACGCUUAUUUCUCGAAAGAACUGUUGGGCAGAUCAGACAAGCUCAUGAAGCUUCGUGAUGAGAAGCUUGCCGUGGUCAACGAAGCUCUGCUCGGCAUGCGACAGAUCAAAUUUGCUGCGCUGGAAAGUCGUUGGGAAAAACGUAUUCUGACUAUGAGAGAGAGGGAACUCAAAACUCUUUGGGGACUCUUUGUCAUCGAUACCGGCCUUUUCGGGUGUUGGGUCGUCAGUCCUAUCCUUCUCGCCGCGACAUCUCUUGCCGUUUACGCUAUCGUCAAUGGUCAACUCCUACCAUCGGUUGCUUUCGUCAGUAUUGGAAUCUUCAAGGCUCUGGAGGUCUCACUUGGUGUACUGCCGGAACUUAUCACAAUGGGAGUCGACACUUAUGUUUCUCUAAAACGAAUUCAGACAUACCUCAACGGCCCUGAGAUGAAGCAGACAUUGUCUGAAGGAACAGAGGUUGCCUUUGAGAAUGCAACUAUCGCUUGGCCUGAGGACGACGAAAAGCCCGAUGAGGAUAGGUUUAUUCUUAGAAACCUGAACUUCAGCUUUCCAACCGGUGAGUUGUCUGUUGUUUCAGGAAAGACUGGUACAGGAAAGAGCUUGCUGCUUUCUGCUAUCCUUGGCGAGACAGACAUUUUGGAGGGCUCUGUCUGUGUGCCCCAGACCGUCUCCCCUGAGGAGCGACAUGAUGCACAGGCUCACCCUGGCGACUGGAUUCUUCCCGGCUCCGUCGCUUAUGUUGGUCAAACCCCGUGGCUUGAAAGUGCUUCUCUCCGUGAUAACAUCUUGUUCGGCCUGCCCUUCAUUGAGGAACGCUACAAUCAGACCGUCGAAGUGUGCGCUCUGAAGAAGGACCUACAGAUUCUGACAGAUGGCGAUAAGACGGAGCUCGGCGCCAACGGUAUCAAUCUCAGCGGUGGACAGAAGUGGCGAGUAACCUUAGCUCGAGCUAUCUACUCGCGUGCUGAGAUCUUGGUUAUGGAUGAUGUCUUUAGUGCUGUCGAUGCACAUGUUGGUCGACACAUUUUCGAGAAGUGUGUCACAGGCGAUAUCUGCAAAGGACGAACGAGGAUUCUUGUUACUCAUCACGUUGCUCUGGUCCAGUCGAAGGCCAAGUACAUUGUCGAGCUUGGUGAAGGUAUGGCUCUGCACUGCGGUCUAGUAGCUGACUUUGUUCGUGAUGGAACUCUGGAUGAAAUCAGACAGCAUGAAGAGAGUGCACAACCGGCUACAGAAGAUGAGACGACGGAUUCAUCUACUGCUGUCAACUCCUCAGAUGCCUCUGUCACCGACCCCACUGAAACAAAUGAAAACAACCCAUUGCAGAAGGUGCCUUCCAAGGCCGCUAAGCAAUUUGUUGAGGAAGAAGCACGAGAGAAGGGUAUGGUGAAGAAACACGUUUAUCUUACUUAUCUCAAAGACAGUGGCGGUGCCCGGAUGUGGAGUAUCUGUGCUAUCGUCUUCCUUGCUUUUGAAUUUGGAAUUCUCGCUCGAGCAUGGUGGCUUCGAAUCUGGACUGGUGAUGUCGACGAGAGUGUUUCUACUGGCAGUAUUCAUCAACAGCACGGCCAUGCCUCGGUCUUUUCACUGCAACAUUUCCCAUACAACUCUGCACCUGAGUUCAAGGCCGCAUCUCAUUACGAUUUGAAAUACUAUCUCUGGAUUUAUAUUGCAAUCUCAUGUGUCACAGCAGUUGUUGGUACUUUCCGAUUCUUUUGGGCCUACUACCUUGCCAUCAAGGCGAGUCGAUCGCUCUUCGAGAAGAUGUUGUUCACGGUUCUCCAUACUCCCCUGAGAUGGCUUGAUACCGUUCCUGUUGGUAGAAUUCUGAACCGAUUCUCGUCAGAUUUCAACAUCGUCGACAAUCGCAUCACUAUGGACUGGACACAAUUCAUUUCCAACCUUUUAUCUUUAGUUGGUGUCUGUGUCGCCGCCUUCUUUGCCUCUGGUUUUGUCAUUCCCUUGGCCAUAGCCUUGUUGGGGCUUGGUUGUAUUCUGGGCAAUAGAUUCCUUUACGGUGCACGACCAUUGAAGCGACUUGAGAGUACUUGUAAGUCGCCCGUUUUCGAGCUCUUUAACGCAGCACUCGCGGGUGUUUCUACGAUCCGAGGAUACAAGAAGUCCCGGGUCUACAUGGACAGGAUGUAUCAGAAACUUGACACAUGGGCCAUCAUCACUUCCUAUAUGUGGCUUGUCAAUCGCUGGAUGGGUCUGCGCAUGGGUCUCAUUGGCACAAUUUUCUCGAUAACUGUUGGCAUCAUUGUCAUCGUCAGUCCUAGUAUGGACGCCGCUCUUGCCGGAUUCACCUUGUCCUUCGCUAUGGACUUCGCCGAGAGCAUUCUUUGGACCAUUCGAAACUACGCGACUAUGGAGCUGAACAUGAAUGCAACGGAGCGAAUUGUUGAAUAUACGGAGCUCGAGACUGAGUCACUUGAGGGAGAGAAGCCAUCUGCCGCUUGGCCUACAUCAGGAACCAUGGAGAUCGACAACCUGGAGGUCUCUUAUGCACCUGAUUUGCCACCCGUGUUGAGGGGAAUCUCUUUUGAUGUUAAGAACAACGAGAGAGUCGGUGUUGUGGGACGUACUGGUGCCGGAAAGUCCUCCCUGACCCUUGCUCUGUUCCGAUUCUUGGAAGCUCGCUCUGGCAGUGUUACGAUUGAUGGUCUGGAUAUCUCCAAGGUUGAUUUGCAUAGCUUGAGAUCCCGCCUGGCUAUUAUUCCUCAGGAUCCUGUGCUUUUCUCAGGCACCAUCAGAUCUAACCUUGAUCCAUUCGAGGAUAACACAGAUGAUGAGCUUCGUGAGUCACUCAGUCGUGUCCACCUUGUCGAUUCUCAGCCCGCCACUCCCGCGAACGAACCCUCCUCGCCAGCAACGUCAACAAUCGCUGUCAAGAACACAAACAUUUUCCGAGACCUAUCAAGCCCCAUCUCUGAAUCUGGCGGUAACCUUUCACAAGGUCAGCGUCAGCUGCUAUGUUUGGCCCGUGCCAUCGUAGCUCGGCCCAAGAUUAUGGUGUUGGACGAGGCCACUUCAGCUGUCGACAUGACUACUGAUGCACUCAUCCAGCGCAGCAUCAGAGAGGAGUUUACUGAUAGCACGUUGAUCGUUAUUGCACACCGUCUUAGCACGAUUGCUGACUUCGAUCGUAUCCUUGUCCUCUCCGAAGGUCAAGUCGCAGAGUUUGGAACGCCCAAGGAGCUCUACGAGCAACAGGGCGUGUUCCGCGACAUGUGCGAUAGCAGUGGAGAGAAGGAGAAGCUAAAGCAGACGAUAUUUGGUUAA